AUUGAUUCCUGUAAUGUUAGUAAAAAAUGGUGUUCGUUUUAACGUUGAUUUUCGGUUUAUUUCUAAUCACUGAAUGUAGCAAUGACGAAGGAAGAUACCUCGUUUAUCCUCCUGGUCUUGGUAACAAAGUUCAGUUCAUCGUUGGUAUCGGUGUCCCUGUCUCCAAUUUACCAACGAUUCAAAGUGUUACUUGGGGAUACGUUAUCAAAACAAAUUACGUAUUACCGACUAAUAUUACAGAAUAUGGAAACGUUCGUAGUAUACGUAAACGUUCGACUGGUAUUUCUCGUUGGGAUUUUUACCAAUCUAUCGCCGAUGUGUUGAAUAGAUCUGGAUUACCGGGCGAACAAUGCAUUCAAAGGAGUAUUUGCGAAACUGCUCGGAUUAAAUUCGCUAGAAAUGAUAUCAUCGGUGAAUUUUUGCAUAUUUUAUUACUACCCUCGAGUACCGGAGAUACUGAAACGAUGUAUUAUGAUGCUGAAAUCGCUGGUCUUGACCGAAGAAAUGAUUGCUCUCGUUUAUUCAGUUCGUGUUCGUUGAACUUGAUUGAUUUGUUUUCAAUCGUACGAGAAACAUCUUUACUGAAAGAUUCGAUAUUUCCAAUGUAGAAGCUAUUUGGUAUUAUUUUCGAAGAAUAAAGAAUUUUUCGAACGUGUUUUUUUCUCAUCAGUCAUCUAUUAAUAAAUAUGCCUGUGUAAACAUUAAUAAUCAUGAUUAAUAAUUCGAAGACUGUGUUGAUAAUAUAUUAGCUCAUUAUAAUAUUUGAAUUUCUUCGGUUUUAAUUUAGAUGUAAAAUUAAUACACUUUCUCGAUUUUAUUUUUACAGGUAAUCCAGAUCCUAUCAUCACUUCGAAAAUCACCACACGAUGCCAUUGAUCAUCUCAUCAAGAACCUUGAGUAUUGUUAGAUAGGUAUUCGUCGCCCCCAUCGUAUCUUGUAUCAAUUGGAAUUAUCUUCUUCAAUCAUCGACUGCAGCAGCUCCCGUUGAUCAACUUUCUUCGGAUUACCUUGAUCGUUCUCGAACAACGUGAUACAUUCGUAUUUCGAAGGAUUAUUACCAACUGAGGUGAAAUGUAUGGUAACCACGAAGCAUACCAAGCUAUUCACGAAGAAAAACCAUAGCAGAGAUUCGAUGCCAUACUUCGCUACGGUGGCCGGAAACGCGAAAACGUAAACUAACGAUAACUUGUACUCGAUAGCGUAAUGUAGAAUAGAUAUAUAUUGUUGGGUUGAUUUAGGAAACAGUUCGGAAAGCACGAUCGAGAUGGUAGGAUCAAAAAAGGCCACAUUUAUAGUCAUGUAAACGAACAGACAAGUCACCGGUAUCCAAGAGAAUGGCUGGGUGCUCGUAUGGAACAUAAUUUGGUAAGCGUUAGCUACUCCUAUAACGAGUAUCAUGAUCGUUGAACUAACUAUCAAUAUAUUUCUCUGUUUGCAUAUUUUUAUCAACGUUGGAUAGAGUGCUGUGAAGGCGAAAUUGAAGAACGAUAUGAAAAUGGUCAAGUUAUCCGCAUUGUACUUUGUAUUCAAGUCUUGGAAAAAUGUAGCCGCGUAAUGGACGAAAAUAAGGUACCCGGUACCUAUUCGAGUGAUGAUGAUGAUCACAUAUAUGCUCAGUGGUUUAAUUAGAGACGAAUCGCAUAGAAUUUUUAGCAAAUUGGUGUCCUGGCUGCUGAGUAUGGGAUCGUGUACGAUUGGAAUAGGACUACGAUCGAUACGAUGGCUAUUACGAACGAAGAUGUUUUCCAACUGAAGUAAUACUGUAAUAGGUUCGAGAAAACGAUCCCUGCUGUCGUGUAAGAAGCUGCUAACGAAACUGUUUUGCUGAUAUGGUGUUUCGAACAUGUUUCUGAGAUGUAAGCUACGUUAUCGGCGAUGAAACCUGCAAAUUUAUUGAUAUAAAUAUUC